AUGUCCUCCCGCAUCCCGCCCUACGACAUCCCAGAGCCGACGCCGCUCACAAAGGACGAGGUGCGCCAAAAGUACGCUCGCUACGAGUCCCUCCGCGCACAGCUAGCCACCUCCUUCCGCGGCCAGCUCGCCAUCCGCGGCGAGCCCGUCUUUGCAAAGAGCAUCACCAUCUUCAACGAUGCCGCUCCCCUCGGAGGCUGGAUGGUCGCCCUCCCCAUCGACGUCCACGACAUCUCGACCAUAGUCAAGUUCUGCAACGCACACCGCCUCUCGCCAUCCAUCAAGUCGGGUGGAUUCGCAACCGCAGGCUGGUCCAUCCAGGGCGAGGUGGUCAUCGACACCUCUCUCAUGGACGACGUCAAGCUCGUCGUGCCGCACCGCUCCUCGCCCUUCUCUUCCUCUCAGUCAGACGACCACCCCGCCUGCCCGCCCACCUCGCUACCGCCCCCGCCAGCUUCGUCCGCCUCGGCCGCCAUCGACCCCAUCACCGCCAAAGCAGAUGCACAUGCCAUCACCCUACAAAGCGACUCCGUACGCGCAGCAGAUCAACUCGCCCAGACACAGAUCCACCAUCCCGAUGCUACACCCAUCCAGGACCAAGCAACCGUGCGACCGGCGCCCAAGAGCGAGACUUCCGAGGACGUCGACCCACAGGAUCCCGCCAAGUCCGCAUUGAAGCGCAAGCUGCCUCCAUCCAAUCCCGACGUGGUCUCCCUUCUCGGCCCCGACUAUGCAUCUGCCCCCACAAGGCGCAAGACCGACUCCAACUCGCACUCCAUGCAGCACGGCCGCAGCCACGAGAGCGGUGCAGACGCAGACAGCGAGAGCUCCUUCUCCGCCAACGACGAUGCAGACAACGACCACCCAAUACCUGCCUCGGCUGCUCCUCGCGCUGUCCACACCGCCGCCGCCAAUCGACCCGUCGCGUCAUCUAGGAGCGACUUCCUCACAGCCUCGGAGCCACGCGAUGUUGCUCCGCUCCUCGCCAAAGCAGUCUCCGCAUCAAGCUCAGGCUCGGGCUCGGGUUCGGGCUCGGCUUCCGCGUCCGCCUCCACUUCCGCCUCUGCCUCCAAGAUCUGGGUCGACAGGCAGCUCGAUCCCUCGGGCAAUGGUUCCGACUCGCCCGGCGGCAGCAACUCGGGCUCCACCGGUGGCACGAGCUCCUCCCAGCUCGCUUCCAGUUUCACCUCGGCCUCCAAGCAAUCCUCCGCCAAGUCCUCCAACGCAGGCGGCGACCACGCCGACGUCAAAGUGGACACCGACACCGUGGGUGCCAUCACGACCGACGAUGCGGCCGACGAGACGCUGGCAUUCAAGCGUCCCACCACCAUCCCGCUUCCCAAGCGCGAUGCCGCUCCAGCUCCACGUCGUCCUGCCUCGCGCUCCGGUUCCGGCUCCGGUUCCGCAUCCGAGUCCGGUCGCAAUCGCAGCGACCUCUCCUACAGCCGCACGCCAGACGACUGGGACACCAGUGCCAAGGCAGACCACCAACGUUGGGCAAGGCACCAUCGCCCGCCAUCCGGCACCCCGGGCGAAAGGAUCAAACUGCCCGAAGGCGGAUUCGUCUGGCGCAGCGACGGCGCCGAUGCCGGCAUCACCGGCGUGCCUGCCGCGCCCGGUUCGCUCCCGUGGGAUGCCGAGGCCUUUGCCGCCAGCCCAGAGGCGGCUGCGGCUCGUUCGGGCUCGCGCAGUGCACGCUCGUCGUCGGGCGAAGCAUCGUCCAACGAGCUCGAGGCUGGCCGUGCGGGUGCAUCCGGCGCGAGCUACUUUGGCGCCUCCACGCUCAACGACCUGCAGGACGCGUGGCCGUCGGGCACAUGGGCGGUCAAUCAGGAGGGCGCCAACGAUCCCGCCUCGAGCCUGCCGCGCUUCAUCCCAUCGCCCUUGCAAAAGUACGGCUCGCCCUCGCGCUCGCCCACGCCGCACAUGCCCGAUGCCAACAACCCGUUCAACUUUGACUCGCGCCCAGACGUCAACCACAACAUGGCCACCGCCAUCCUGCCGCCGGGCAUGUACGAAGACCGAUAUGCGCUCGCCUCGUUCGGCCCGGGCGUGGGCAUCCGCGGCCUCGAUGCCUUCACCGACCGCGCCGGACGCGAGGGCAACUUCCUCGCGCACAUGGACUCCAAGAGCGACGGCAAGAAGCGCCAGAUGGACGAUCCCGACGCACUUCCGCCGCUCGUCGUCAACGGCGUGCCGUAUCACGUGCCCGUGUCGGCGUAUCCGGUCGGCUCCACCGCCAUGACGACGGGCGGGUUCGGAUACCUCACGCGCGCAUACGGCCUGUCGCUCGACAACAUUGUCGAGGUGGAGAUGGUGCUCGCCGACGGCCGCAUCGUCACGCUCAACGAAGAGUCCAAGCACAAGUCGCAGGAGGAGCAGGAUCUGUGGUGGGCGGUGCGCGGCGCUGCACCGUGCUUUGGCAUCGUCUCGCGCCUCACCGCCAAGGCGUAUCCGGUACCGUCGGUGUAUUCGGGCAACCUCAUCUAUCCGCUCAAUCCUGCGACGGCGGGCUCGCUCAUCCGCCACUGGCGCGACUGUCUCAAGGCCGGGCUGCCGCGCAAGUUUUACACCAACCUCAUCCUCACGGCGGGGCCGAGCAAGACGUCGCACGUGAUCGUGAUCCAGGUGUGCUACCUGGGACCUAAGAGCGAUGGCGAGGCGCUGGUGCAGGCGAUCAGCAGCUGGACGGGCGAGCGGCUUUUGCUCAAGGAUGUCGAGGAGCGCAGCUUCCUCUCGCAGCAGGACGGCGUGGCCAAGGUGCUCAAGGGCGGUACGGGACGGCGCUGGAUGGUGCGCGGCGACCUCAUCUCGACGCUCACCGACGACGUGAUCGCCAAGAGCGUGCGCAACUUCCAAGGGCUCGGCAGCCGCGCCGUGUGGCUGUUUGAGCUCAUGGGCGGCGCGAUCGAGGACAGCGGUGCGGACGAGACGUGCAUCUGCCCCGAGGCGCGCGCCGCCAAGUUCACCGUGGGAUCGCUGCAGCAGUGGAGCGGCAAGGACGAGGACCGCACGUGCAUCGAGAGCGUCGAGCGCUGGUUAAACGAGGUCGUGCACAAGGUCAGCGUCGGCGGACCCUAUCCGUGCUUUCUGGGGCGCUCCGAACGCAUGGACCGCGUGAUUGGCGCUUACGGCCUCGACAACUUCCGCCGCCUGCUCGACAUCAAGAAGCGCGUCGAUCCCAACAACCUUUUCCGCCACACUUUUGGCAACGGAUUCGUCGUCGAUGAGCCUGACAAGUUGCUGCAGGACCUCGACGUCCGUCAGACCGAGCGACGCCGGCUGCAGGAGGCCGACUCGCGAGCGGCAGCCGCUGCCAACGGCCAGACCUCUUCAUCGCAGGAGUAA